UCUGAUCUGACAAUCUUAAGACUGAUAUUAAAAAAAACAGAACACAGCUCAACGAACGACCACACUCACAGUUCCGUAGCAGAGUUUAGUUCCAUCAGAAAGGUGAGAAACAUCCAUGGGGCACAAAAACGCAGCCGUUUCAGAGAAACAGCAUCACGACGACGACGACGGCAACGCUGCUACCUCCGCAUCGCCGCCGGGAUUCAAACUCGUCGGAUUCUCCAAGUUCAUCAGAAAGAAUCCAAAGUCCGACAAGUUCAACGUCAAGCGCUUCCACCACAUCGAGUUCUGGUGCGGCGACGCCACCAACGUCUCCCGCCGCUUCUCGUGGGGCCUCGGCAUGAGAUUCUCAGCCAAAUCCGAUCUCUCCACCGGAAACAAUGUCCACGCCUCCUACCUCCUCACCUCAGGCGACCUCCGCUUCCUCUUCACAGCUCCCUACUCCACAUCUCUCUCCGCCGGCGAAACUUCACCGACCACCACAACAACAGCCUCCAUCCCCUCCUUCGAUCACGCCACCUACCGCUCCUUCUUCUCUUCCCAUGGUCUCGGCGUGAGAGCAGUCGCCGUCGAAGUCGAAGACGCAGAGUCAGCCUUCUCCAUCAGCGUCUCCAACGGCGCCGUUCCUUCAUCCCCUCCUAUCCUCCUAAACGACGCCGUUACGAUCUCCGAGGUUAAACUCUACGGCGACGUCGUCCUCCGUUACGUCAGUUACAACAAAGCCGUUACAUCAGUUUUCCUCCCGAGAUUCGAGCCUGUGGAAGAUACGUCGUCGUUUCCACUAGACUACGGUAUAACGCGUCUCGACCACGCCGUGGGGAACGUCCCGGAGCUCGUCCCAGCGUUAACUUACCUCGCAACGUUCACCGGCUUCCACCAGUUCGCUGAGUUCACAGCAGACGACGUGGGAACAGCCGAGAGCGGGUUGAACUCGGCGGUUUUGGCAAACAACGACGAGACGGUGCUUCUGCCGAUAAACGAGCCGGUUCACGGGACGAGGAGGAAGAGUCAGAUCCAGACGUAUCUGGAGCACAACGAAGGCGCGGGGCUACAGCAUCUGGCGCUGACGAGCGGAGACAUAUUCAGGACUCUGAGGGAGAUGCGGAAGAGGAGCGGUGUCGGAGGGUUCGACUUCAUGCCUUCUCCUCCGCCUACUUACUACAAGAAUCUCAAGAAACGGGUGGGAGAUGUGCUUAGUGAGGAAGAGAUCAAGGAGUGUGAGGAGUUGGGGAUUCUUGUGGAUAGGGACGAUCAAGGGACGUUGCUUCAGAUCUUCACAAAACCACUUGGUGACAGGCCGACGAUAUUUAUAGAGAUAAUACAGAGGAUAGGAUGCAUGAAGAAAGAUGGGGAAGGGAAAGUUUACCAGAGUGGAGGAUGUGGUGGUUUUGGCAAAGGCAACUUCUCUGAGCUCUUCAAGUCUAUUGAAGAGUAUGAGAAGACUCUUGAAGCUAAACAGCUUUUGGGGUGAAGAAGAAGAAGAAGGAACCAACUAAAGGGAUUGUUGUAAUCAUGUGUAAAACUUUGUAUGUUGUUACAAAUACUAUUAUCAUUUUUAGAAAUCGAGAUCAAUACAAACCACCAUUGUCUUUUGUGUGGAAAUGUC